CUGCUGUUUACCGCAACAAAGAAAGCGUCGCUCACAUCGGCUGAAAAACAUUUCUAACAGCGCCGGAGGAGCGUCGCUGUGAGCGGCGGAGAAGAGCAGAGAGUCCUCGGUUCUUCUUCUUCCUCCGCAGAGAAAUCCUCCGAGAAAAAGUGUCGGCGGGAGACGAGUUGUGUUCGGCUGAAGUGGAACUGAAACUGGAGUGGGGCUGAAAGUCUGUCCGGAGCUGCGACUUGUCAGCGGAGAACGUCGUGACGGUGCUGCCUUGGAAACACUCACCGGAGUUGGAGCACAAGACUGGCAGCAGCUCUGUCUUUAUGGAGACAUUUGUGGCAUGAAACCAGAUCACAUACAUCUGUCAUUCAUCACCUCCUCCUCCUUCAUCUCCCUCCACCACUCUCCAGUUAGGAACUCUCACCUUGUCUUCGCUGCAUUAAUGAGGUAACGUCGAGCUCCGCGCAGCACAGCACCCACCUGCACAAACGCCACCUUCCCCCCCUUCCUUCCCCUUACUUCUGUCAACCCUUCCAUCGUAGCCAUGGGUCAGAAGAUCUCUGGCGGCAUUAAGUCGGUCGAUGGUCGGGGGGAAACUGGUGGCUCACCGUCCUAUCGGCCCACGGCUCAUCGUCGGCAGCACCCGGAGCUGAGGGGCCCAGAUUUCUCCAAACCGCCGAGGCUGGAUCUCCUACUGGACAUGCCAUGCGCUGGACUGGAGACCCAGCUACGGCACGCGUGGAACCCAGACGACCGCUCGCUCAACAUCUUUAUCAAAGAUGACGAUAAGUUGACAUUUCACCGCCACCCGGUCGCUCAGAGCACGGACUGCAUCCGGGGGCGGGUCGGGUACACUCGGGGUCUCCAUGUGUGGAAGAUCCACUGGCCUGCAAGGCAGCGGGGCACCCACGCUGUGGUUGGGGUGGCGACCUCUGAGGCUCCUUUACAUUCUGUUGGGUACACAGCGUUAGUGGGGUCAGACUGUGAGUCCUGGGGCUGGGAUCUGGGACGAAAUAGGCUCUACCAUGACAGCAAAAACCGGGCCCACAGCUCGCUGCCUUCUUACCCUUGUUUCCUGGAGCCCGAGGAGUCGUUCACCUUGCCAGACUCUCUGCUAGUGAUACUGGACAUGGACGAGGGGACACUAAGCUUUAUGGUGGAUGGACAGUAUCUAGGAGUGGCAUUCAGAGGGCUGAAAGGAAAGAAGCUGUAUCCCAUCGUCAGCGCUGUGUGGGGACAUUGUGAGAUAUCCAUGAAGUACAUCAACGGCUUAGAUCCUGAGCCUCUUCCUCUGAUGGACCUGUGUCGGCGUGCGGCCCGCCUGGCGUUGGGUCGGGAUCGGCUUCAGGAGAUCGAGAGCCUCCCUCUGCCCCAGUCCCUUAAAAAUUACCUCCAAUACCAGUGACUGACACCAGCAGAGCCAACUGGGAAUACAAGGACUCAAAACAGACCACCAGAAAGUCUAAAGACGGAUGGACGAAAGAAUUAAUUUAACGAUGCAAAGAGGGGACGGUUGAUGGAAGAACGUCCGCGCUGGGAGCCCCGUGGCUCACAUGGAUUUAUAAAGGACGGAUAGGAAUAUGGUGGGAGUUCAGGCUUUCAAAUAAAAGACAGGACAGCACCAGCUUCUUUUGGAUUUUGAGCUGCUUUUUCAUUCAUUUAGGACUUGAAAUAAAUUAUUAAUGAUGGUAUCCCAUCAGUGUGUCACUCAUCCAGAAUGAAUCCUCAAAUGGCACAGUGUGGUAAAGUGGUGAAAGAGACUGGCAAGACGACCACCGCCACCUAGUGACGAGAAUGAAAACAGCGCACAGAAAGCACACUAAUCCCAUCCAUGGAGGCCUUUCUGACGUGCAGUCAGUGACCAUAUCAUUGUUGGAUAGCAUAGUGUGUGCUCAUGAUUUCCACUGGCACAGGUGACAGCCUGCAGAGUCUACAUGUCCAAGAGGAUUUUAGCACUAAUGAUGUGUUAAUGUGAUUGAUGCGGGGCCCGACCCAAAGCUCACACUGCAUACAGAGAAGCUCGACACAUGGCUGUAAGGUGAAUGUAAACAGGAAAUCAGUAUGCCAAACUUACCUCCUGGCUUUAUGCAAACGUUUGCUGAAAGCUUAGUCCUUUUCAGACAUGUAACAUUACUGUCUUCAUCUGUCUGUUGGCUUUUUGAAAUUCAAACAUGGGAUAUUUAUAUUGGCUUUACUCUCACUGCUUGCAUGGUAUUUGGCACCAGGUGCAGCAGUGAGUUAAAGUCAUGAUACAAAGCAAAAACAAAGAGUGCAACAGUGAUAUUAAAUGUAUAAUUUUGCCCGUUGAAGUCUUAAUUGAUGAUCACUGUCAGUGUAGAAGUUCUCACUUGUCAAUUUCAAAACGUUUAUAACUAAUUUUAUUCUGCACAAGCAUAGAAAUUUGCGUUUGUCACCCGUCUGUAUCUUAAAGUGUUCUUGAAUAUCCUCAAAUUUGGCGUCACAUCUUUUAAUUUUCUAUGACAUGAAAUAUACGCAACUUGAUUGAGGAUGUAAACAUUUGCAUAUCUGCGUCAUCAGAGCAGUCUGGGUGUAGUUUUAUCAGCUGUAACUGACAAUAAUUAAAAACCCAAAAACCUAUCAGACUUUAACACCGACCAGAAUCAAGCAGCUCAAAGGUGGUAUUACAGUCAGAGGAACGAUCUGAAGGAGGAAUACAGCUGAACCACGAAUCAAAUUCAAACUGAAAUUGUGAAACAGCGUGAUUAUCAAAGGCUACAUUUUAGGAUAUAUGUUAUGUAGCACGUCUGACCCAGAGUUUAAACUGUUGUGUCAGCGGUUUUACAAAUUCACGCCAUCCCCGUAAUGUGACAAGUUUUAAAUGUCUUACGCAGUGAAUACUGAACUGAAGCGUCUCUUUAAAUAGUUACAUCACAAAUGAAAUUGCAAUAUCUCAGAAAAAUCACAGAUAUUUUCCCCAAACUGUCCAGCUCAAAUUGAAGUGACCUAAAGUGCUGUAUGUUUAGAAGAAAAUUGUGUGCAAAUAAUGAGGAGAAAAGUCAAACAUGGUACUGUAGUUAAUGUGAUCCAGAUUUGUGCUGUGCAGAAAACAUGGAAGUGCAAAUGUUACUCAGUGUCACCAUAAUGACGUCUACGUAAUGAGUUGCAUGUCUGAAAGAGGCUUUAUUUCAAAAGGACCAGACAGGACAAAUCUGCUUGUUGUUUAAAGUACUAUCUCAUAGUGCUGGGAGCGUUUCUCACAGGACACUAAAUCAUGUAUUAUGAUGUCAGAUCACAACCAAAGUAUUUCAUACUAAUCUGUGGAGUGUACUAAUGUGUCUCGGAGCUGUAGGUCGUGGCCCGCCAUGAAUCUAGUGCUAACAUGCUGUUGGCAUUAAGAGACACCUGCUGUUGUUUGUAGCACCCUGCUGUAGCUCACUGGUAGCAGACGCUAUCUGUCUGCUCUCCGCACAACUGUCUUAAUGACCACAAACUAACAGGACCAGAGCAGAUCCAGCCUCACUGGAUCUAUAAUAAAGACUGUAGCGGGAUGUAGGAAUAUUACUGCGACUGUAGCAGAUGUAUUGCUGACUCAGAAUAGGAUGCAGAUGACCAAUGCACAACCACAUAUACACACACUGAAGACCAAUCGUGUUUUCUUUCCUAAAAAAAAAGGCUUGAGUCACUUUUUUUUUUUUUUUA